CCAGUCGCAGUGUGUUUACAUGUUUUAAAUGCAAAACUGAACUUGAAGUGUUCGGUUCAGCUUUUCACGAGAGAUAAAAUUUGCCAAGUGUUAUUAUUUUAUUGUUGAUUUCUAUUGGCUGAAGGCACUUUUUGUGCCAGCUCGUCGUAGUCGACGUAACGCCACUGUAAAGGAUCUGCAUAAUGCGCGUUCGCAACAUCAAGGAUGGUGUCGUGAUCAACGAAUCCAGCGGGGACGAGGACAACACUUCCGAUGUCCUGCUGCCAAUUGGGGGAGGUCCCCAGGAUGGAGCUGACUGGCUGUUUGUCGAAAACAAUGCCCCUGGGCCAAUUUUGCCAGAGGAGAAUGGGUUAGAUGAGGUGGACAAUGUUGAAGAGGCAAACAUAGAGGAGGACAAAAAGGAAUCAUUCACGGAGAAACUGGUGUCAAACAUGCUGAACUUUUGUUUGGAUGAAUCCGAGAGGGAAGAUAACGACGAAGCUGGCCCUAGUGGACUGCAAGACGGGGAAGAAACAAAACCAGAAGCAGGUAAAAUAUUAAACAUUGAUGAAGAAGAACCGGUUUCCGAUGCACAACCCGAGGAAGACAUUAAAAUGUCAACGUAUUCGGACGAUGAAGUACAUCCAGCUGGAGAUUGGAAAGAAUCAGCAGAAACCUUUCUUCCGGAGUUUAUCAUUCAGGGACCUUCUACGAGCAAUGAUAACCGAAAGAUAGGUUUGAAUAAACCCACUCCACUGUCUACUGACUGCUUAAAACUUAGAACAAAACUUGUAAGCUACGAUGGACAAUACAUCAAGGCUCACCCAAACUUGUCGGCAAAAGGCGAACUUGCCUACUCCGGUAGGUUCAGAUCUGGUUCGGUGGAAUUCAAGCUGCACCGCGAAAGCGCGCUGUUGACCUCAGGUUUGAGCUAUGUGGCACGAGUUGAACUAAACCAAAUUAGUGCGCUGGAUCAGGCCACUUCUUUCCGCGAGGCACGCGAGAUUUUGUGGAAGAAUAUUAAAAUUAUUAAAGUUUUGCUCGACGAUGAUUUGCAAGAGAGCAAGAAAGCCAAAAAUGAUUUUGAAACCGUCAUGAACGAGGUUUGCGGUGAAACUAUAACCAACCUGCAGAACGCAGAAGAUUUGCUGCAACUGUACAACAUUGUACUAAAAUGUAAGAAUAACGCAGGCAAAAUGAUGUCAGCUAUCAACGAAAACAAAUACCUCUCUACUCGACUUAAGAACAUAAUCUCGCAGCACGCUGAAAAAGAGAACAAGAUGAACGUCAGGAACUACGUGUUCAGUUCUCUAAGUAGCUUCUUCGGACGACCGCAAUCAAAUUGGACGGAUACUCUCAAGAAUUGCACCCGGGAAGGUGUACGGAUGCAUAAAACAAAGUUGCUUGAGAAAUGUCCAACAGCUAUGAAGAAGGAUUUAGCCAAGAUGCCGGAAAAACAGCUUCUUUUCGUAACCGCAAACGAUUUGAAACUUUUCGCUGACAUAAUCAACGCACUGGAUAAGAAUAUUUUCAAACCAAUUUUACCCAUUCUCAUGAAAAGAUGUUUCAAGAAAAUAACAAACAUCAAGGAAGACCACCUGCGCAACGUAGUACCAGUAACGAACCAUAUUUACUUCUUCCUGUGCAAGAGUUUGCUCGAGCUUGCAAAUGAAGUGAAAGGCAAAGCCAAAAUCGAACAAUUGUUAGAGUAUGACGACAAUGAAUGGAAAAUGUGUGAUAUUUCCGGAUGGAAACCGGAUUCAACACUGGAUUCAUGCCUCAAGCAACAACUUGGACUGCUGUUGAAUUUGGUCAAUCAUUUCGAGCCUGGAAAAUACGUGCCAAAUAAUCGCUUUCAGUACACAUUCAAAGUAUUCCGUGACUUGGAGCCAACCGAAGAGAUGCAACUCGUCAUUCAGCAGACCAACAGAGCCCUUGGAAACAGCUGGGAAGUUGAGGACAAUACAGUACUACCGGACGAACUGCACGUUUGGAUUUGUCUGCUAGACGACACCAUAGCUCAUGUAUUUGCCAAAGAUCAGAAAAAUAUGCAAAUGUUCACCUGUCUGCUGAAGCUGUACAUGAACUUCUGUCUUUCUGGAAACUUUAAGCGAGAUUCGCUGGAGUCACUUCGUGUGAUCACUCACAACACACUACGUUACGUCGCCCAGGCUGGUCCGUUCAUCUGCACUGAUAACACCAUCGAUAAUGAUAUCCUGCUGAAGCAAGUCGGAUUUAUGAACAGUGCCAUCCUCGAGAACCGGAUGGCGUUCAACGAUUACCGAGAUCUGAUUGAAGUUUUUACCGCUUACUGGAAGCAACGCAACGAAGUAAUUUCAAAUGUUUCAACUAAACUUCCUGGAGACUAUUUCAAAAAAGAUGUUCAAGAAAUUCAAACCAAUCUGCUACAAUGCAUGAGUCAGGCAUUGGACAAAAAGGUUGAGCUGGUCGAGUUUAUCAGCUUUUGUCGCGUAUAUGACGAGUUUCUCAUCGAUCUUCACGACAUUCCGUUGAAUUGGUACGUAAGAAUGCCUGGUGAGGAGCAAAUUGAUAUUUUCCUCAUGAGCAAGGUUCUGCUUCUGGUGGAUAACAAGUGGAAGGACAGUGACUUGAAGUGCUACCAGGUUACGAACGUGAAAAAGUUUUCCCAACUGUACCAAGUGUUGAACGAAGAGGCAGAGGUCCCCAAGCACUAUCUGGUCGAUACCAUAAAAACCUUACUCGGGUACAUCAACGAGCUGGCAGCGAAACCAACAUGGACCGAUGGAAGCGCUCUAACCGAAAGCAACCAGAUUGGAGCGAUGAAUCUGUUGAUUACUUCGGUUAGAAGUUCGUUGAUGUAUUUCAAAGAACAACCGGACUACCUCUCCUUCAAUCGAUUUUUGGAGGAAAGUACCAUGCCGUUUUUGACCGUGAUCAAAGAAAGUGUAUCGUUUGCGGACUUUAAGAAGCGAGUUCUGCUGAUUAAGGAAUCGUUCUGGUAUAUUCGCAACAUGAACGCGAUCAACAUUGACAAAGCGCUUGAGCUGUGUCGAGCCGGCAACAACGAAGAUUUUGACGAAGGAUUUUUGCGUGAAGGUUACGCCAAAUACGUGAAUCAGUUUGAAGAGUACAUGAAAAUAUAUUCGGAUCUUGAAUGCGAUGACAAGAUCACCAAGAUUGUGAGCGAUGUUGAAGGUAAGGUAGAGAUAGUUCUGACCUCGCAAUGGACGCUGGAGUUUAAGCAAAACAAGCUGCCACAGAUAUUGGCAGGACUGUCGGUGGUUUGGGCGCUGAGCACAUCGAAGGAUGUCGCUAGCACGGGUCAAUAUCUGAAGCCGCACUGCAUCCAGAUAUUGUGCGUUUUGCGACUGCUCAGCGCAGACAGUGAAAACGGUGGCGUCAAGAAGCAUCUGGCACAGGUGCUGACCGGACAGGGCAAAUCCCUCAUCCUUGGACUAACCGCAACUAUUCUAGCCCUGUUUGGCCACUCCGUUCAGAUCAUGUGCUACAGCGAGUACCUGGCGAAGCGGGAUUCGGAGGAUUUUGAAGAGUUUUAUGAGUACUUUUCGGUGGAUGAAAAGAUAGAGUACGAAACAUUCGCUGAAGUAGCCACGAAGCAACUAGCAAAUGUUGCUGGUAAUGCCGAAAAUUACAUUUUGCAGUGUUUGGGAAUGCCAACGGUCCGAAACCAUAGUAAAUCGAUGGACGCUGGUAACUUUAAGAAGAAGGUUCUGCUGAUCGACGAGGUGGACGUGUUUUUCACUGAAAAAUUCUAUGGUAAAUCGUACAGUCAAGUGAUUUGCCCGAAACUUCCGGGCUUGACGUUGAUUCAAGAUAAGAUUUGGGAUCUGAUUAUGAAGGGAAAUUGGAGCGCAGGGUUCAUCAAACGGAAGAUUAAGGAGUUUGAGGGGUACAGUGACCACCCAGAAAUGAAAAAGUUGGUGGAAUUUAUCAAUCAGCCGGCAUGUUAUACUCUGCUUGAAGCUGCUGGAGAGGAUUUGGAAGAGAAAACUUACACCAACAAAUCCUUGUACAUCACUCAUUUGGAUAAGAUGAUUUCAACGGCGCUGGAUGUCAAUCAAAGAGUUAUUGACGAUCCCUUCCUGAACAGAUUCCGACUGAAUUCCGACGGAAACAUAACUUGUAGAACUUCACUCGGCAAGUACUGUGAUCGUACAAAAGCUGGUUAUUACAAUGCGUUCAUCUACUUGAAGCUGACCAGAGGUUGUUCCAACCCAGAGAGUGAUAACUACGGAUACAUGAUGCUCGACACCGGAAGCAUUUCGUACGCAAAACUUCCCGAAAACUAUCCACUGAUCCUUGGAGUUACCGGAACUCUCACAACUCUGAACGAGUACGAGCAGAAGGCGGUGAAAGAACACUAUCAAAUACUAAACUCGUCAGUCAUGCCAUCGUUUUUCGGUGGUUCCAACCUUAAAUUCAACAAGUUCAGCAACUUUGUUUGCUACGAAACGGAAAAUGACUGGAUAAACGCCAUCUUUUCCAACAUCAACGCAACGAUCAACAAGAAGCGAUCGGUGCUGGUGUUUUUCGAAACGGACAUCAAAAUCAACGCGUUCAAGAAGGAAUUCUCGUCGCAGCUGGAUCGGCUGAACGUUCUGACCGCCGACACUGACGAAGACGACAUGGAAGUCUUCAUCAACGACGCCGGAGUGGCCAAGACGGUUACGUUGGCCACUCGUGACAUGGGUCGUGGCGUGGACUACAAAUCGAGCGUUGCCGUUGAGAAGAACGGAGGAAUCCAUGUCAUUCAAACCUUUUUCUCGUAUGAUCUUAAAGAGGAAACGCAAAUCAAGGGACGCACUGCCCGCAAGGAUAACCUGGGAAGCUACGAGCUGAUCAUUUGCGUUGAACAUCUGCGCAAGCUAAAUUUAGUUACCGAUGAGAUCAAGUACUUUUCGGUUAAUUACGACAUGCUGGCGCGUUCCAGGAAGCAGUUGAUGAACAAGGAGGGCGCCACCAAGGAUACACAGAUCAACCAAGCACUGGAGCGUCACAACAAGACCAUUGAUUUUUUCAAGAAAAUUGGUGGAAUAUAAUUUGUAAUUUAAAAGGAGAACGCGGUUUUCUCAAAUCAUACUGUAUUUUCAUGAUGGACUAAUAAAAAGUACAAAAAACA